UUCAAUCAGUCGCUUCCGGUUAGUGUAAACGAUGGACGUGGAAGAUGAAAACAUCCUUGCUGGGAUCUUUAAAGAUUCCUUUCCAGAAAACUGGCAAGAAAACACAGACUUCUUACAAUAUCUUAGUGAGUUAAGUUCGUAUGGGGUGCAGAAAUUGUCACUUGAGCCUGAUAGUUUAGAAGAAGAAAAGAACGAAAUUUUGCAAGCGACACAGAAUCUUGCAUUUCAACACUACAAAACAUUUAUUCAGACAGCAGAGUGCUCCAGGGAUAUUUUUAAAGAUUUUCAAAUUGUGGAGAAACAUGUUGGUGACUUAUUGGAGAAACUGCCAGAGUUUAGCGAGGAAUGCAAGGGUGUCAUGCAGAAGGCACAGGAGAUUAAUGCAAGUCGACGGAUGAAUAACUUGACACUUCAGCGCCAUACACAGCUCCUUGAAAUCCUAGAAAUGCCUCAGCUUAUGGACACGUGUGUCAGGAAUGGAUAUUAUGAGGAAGCUCUAGAACUUGCAGCUCAUGUCAAGCGACUAGAGAAAAAACAUGGCAAUAUUUCUAUCAUAGCUACAAUUGUUGAUGAAGUUAAAGGAUCUACGCAGUUGAUGCUGAAUCAACUCAUUCAGCAGUUGCGAACCAAUAUUCAGCUGCCUGCUUGUUUGCGUGUGAUUGGCUAUAUACGGCGUAUGGAUGUAUUCACAGAAACUGAACUCCGAAUCAAGUUUCUCCAGGCAAGAAAUACAUGGUUUCAAGGAAUCCUGGAUGCUAUUCCCAGAGAAGAUCCAUACAUUCAUAUAACAAAAACAAUAGAGACUAGCAGAGUCCACCUAUUUGAUAUAAUCACUCAGUACAGAGCUAUCUUCUCUGAUGAUGAUCCACUCCUGAGUACGAAAAAAGAUGAUGCUGUUAGUGAGGCUUCCUUGUUUCAUGGUUGGGUGGUUCACAAAAUCUCUGAAUUCCUAUCUACUCUAGAACAAGAUUUAAUGAUGGGAAUUGGUGAACGAUUAGAUUCUAUUUUAGGUCAGUGCAUGUAUUUUGGACUUUCUUUUAGUCGGGUAGGAGCUGACUUUCGAGGCUUGCUUGCUCCAAUUUUCCAAACUGCUGCUGUAACUGGAUUUGGAAACACACUUAAUGAAGCAAACAAAAGAUUUGAGUUGGACAUGCAAUCUUACAACCUCAUGGCACAGACAAACACUGUGGGUUCUGUUCCAUACACUGCACAAGGGAAUGAACUCUAUCCUCCAGCCAUUCUUCUGGAUUACUCCCCUUUGGCUGUUUACUGUAAUCAUGUUUUGAGUGGUUUCAAUGAGCUUCGAUUGUGUGCCCCAGUCUCUGUUGCUCAUGCAGUAGCUGAAGCCUUGGAGAACUCUCUAAAUGGGGUCAAUAACAUUAUUCUCUCAUUCCAUCGCACUGAGGAAACUACAUUUGAUCAAAGAGAACAGGAAAAAUUUACUAAAUUUUGUGAUGUUUAUGGAGAGACUCUUAUACCUUAUUUAAGCAAAUGUCUGCAGGCAUUAUUUCCUCCUCAACAGUUAUCUGCCCUUCUUGGUGUUCCUGUGAAUUUGAUUGAUAUCAAAACCGUGGUUGACAGAAUCAGACAUCUGAUGCCUGUAAAGGAAAGUGUUGAUGUUUUAUCCAAACCCAAAAUGGAAAACCAGACACAGCUGCCUGCUAAGGAAACGGAACAGAAAGCAGAAGAUCUGCAGGAAACAGAUCAUGGCGUACCAAAACCAGACAAUGAACCUGCAACUGAGCCUGAUACUAAUCCCUCCAUAGUGCUCCAAACUUCAGAAGCAGAGAACAUUGAAUCAGAUUCCGAAAAUCAAGGAAAAGUUGUGUUCACAGCUGGCAGCUGUGAACAUAGUGAGCACAGUGACAUAGAGUGAUUUUUGAUGUGAAGUGAUUUUUUUCUUCUAUUUUUGUUUAGGGAUGAUGUGACAAUGUAUCAAUAUUGACAUAUGGUUAUAAAAAAUAAAUUUCUUUAUAUCUACUUGAA